CUACACAUCGACAAGUCGGAGCCAGAAUCAGUGCAACUGUCUGGUCCGCAGCAGUUGGAACUCAAAGACAGUGGAGGGAAGCAGCCAACAAUUUAGACCCAUGAGAGAAGUCGGUUGACGGAUUAGUUUGGUUGUUCCUCUUCUUUUCAACUCCACACCUUUUUUCCCCCCACACAACGCGAGCGUGUUUAAUUCACCACACUUUUUAGGCUGAAGAACUCUCGGAACUUUUCGACAUGGGCACCGGGCCGGCUGUGGGCAAAUUCUGCGUGCCGCUGGUGACGCUCCUCCUCCUCGCGAGUUUGCCCAGCCGAGCGGACGAGCAGCCCCCUGCGGCCCAAUGGUCCGCCGUGGCAGACGACGACUUCCGAAACAUAACCCUGCGCCGUCACAGGACCUGCGUGGAGAACCACCAGUAUCACUACCAGGGUCUCUGUUGCCUCAAUUGCCAGGCCGGGACAUACGUGCAGAAGGAGUGUGAUCGUGAUCACCAGCAAGGAGUGUGCGCUCCCUGCGAGCACGGACUUACGUACACAGAACAUUCCAAUGGCAUGGACCGAUGUCUGCACUGCACGCACUGUCGAAAAGAUGAGAUGGAGACUGCGUCCUGCACCACCACGUCAGACACCCGGUGUCAAUGCCGACCCGGAACCUUCUGCUUGCCAGAUCAAGCCUGCGAGGUUUGCAAGCGCUGCGCCACGUGUAAAGCGGGUGAGGAGGAAGUAAAAAAAUGCACGCAUUUUUCUAACACGGUAUGCCGAAAGCGCGACCCCUCUCCCACCCAGUCGCCACCUGUCCGAAUUCUGCCCACCCCCGCCUCGCCGGCAGAUAUCGUGGUUCCGGUUGUGAUCUGCUUCUGCCUCCUCGCCGUCGUAAUCGCCGGGCUCGCCGUGUGGUGGUUCGUCAUCAAGCGCUGCUCCUUCACCGGAACGUGCGCAAAGAGUCACUGUGACACCGGAGAAAUCAUCAAAAUUCCAAUAGAUGAGAGCGCCCCCGCGGCAGAGGAGUGUCAGAACAGCCGUAACGCCAGCCUGGAGGGCGACGACUCCCGGCCGGAGUCGCGUCCCCUGCUGCAGGAGACGCAAGCGGGCGUGACCCAAAACAAGGCGUCGCCGACGCCAGAGGACGAAGACCGCGGACUCGGCGACAGCUUGCCCAACACCACCAGUUCGUCGCAGACCAGCCUUUCGGCGCUGCCCACCGCCGCCUCGUCCGGGAACAGCCCCCAGCAGAGCCCUGCGACCUGCAGAAUAAGCGUCGGUGCUAUAGAGGAUCCUCUGCAGCACCGCCUGCUGCCACUACACGAGUCCGAGAAGUCGCUGAAGAAAAGCUUCGACCUGUUCGACAAGUAUCUGGAUGUGCGGAUCCACAACAAGUUCUUCCGGCUGAUCGGCGUGAGCGACAACCACAUCCGGCUGGCGGAGAGCGGCGCGGCCGGCGACAAAGUCUACGAGCUGCUCAAAAACUGGAUGCAGCGGCAGGGCCUGAAGGCCGACAUCAAUCACCUGCUGCAAGCGCUGCUUGAACUGGACCAGCGCCGCUCGGCCGAGAUCAUCGCCUCCGAGGCGCUCAAACGAGGCUACUACAAGCACGAGCGCGCCGCCUGAUGGACGACUUCGUCCAACUUACCUCCUCGUAUCGAGAGCCAGUAGUUUUUUCUUUCCAAGACACGUAAGCGACGAUUUUUGUCUUUUUUUUAUUUUAACAAAAACGGUUAAGUCGAGCUGCUCGAAGGAAACGGAAGAAUGGACUCUGCGCGUAUUUGGCGCCACCCGCUGGCGAGCACAUACACUGGUCGGGCGCAAGCGACGUCGCCACUGGGACGAUGUCGUCACGCUAGCUGUUUGUUCGUCAAGAAGAAUUUUUGUUGUUGUUGUCGUCGUCGUGCUAUUUGUUAAAUUUGAGGGCGGUGAUAGAAAGUCUUUGACACCCUCUGCUGGCAAGUAGUCGCUACUUUAAUUGAUUUUUGUGUCAUGCAAGUCCGUUCUAAAAUGACUUAAGAAUUGAAGGCUAUUCUAUCAUUAUUGUGAAUGUUUUCACCCCAGAAAAAAUUCUUUACUUACAAUUUUUACGUGAAAAAUGAUGGAUUUUCGACAAAAGGCGUGACUACGGUUAGGAUUUUUUUAAAAAAGAUUUUAUUCUCAAAUACCGUUUUUUCGGUGUCCAAGUCACUCCAGCAAAAAAAUGCGCAAUGAAAACUAUUGAGGGGGGGGGGGGAACAUGCAACUUAUAGUCCGAAAAAUACGGUAAGUUUUUGUAUGACACGCAAACAUUUUUUUAUCUUGUCGGAAAAUUGACUUUUUCUAUAACAUAGAAAUGUUAUAAAUUUCUUAUUUUUCUUAAGAAAUUAGGGUUAGUCUUUAAAGAUGAUAACUUUUUCACAGAAAACAAGUGUUCUAAUAAAAUUUGGGGGGGCGGGAAUUAUUCAUGUACUUGAGCUGAAAGACUUUCAUCCCAAAAUUGCGAUUUGUAGAUAACAAUUUGAAUCUGGUAAAGUGGCAACUUCUACUGAAAAGCAUGCAAUAUAUUUUCAUCAAUUGAAAAAAACACAAUUAUUGUACUAUUAAUUUAGGUGCUUUUAAUUCUUUUUUUUUCCAACAAGAACAAAUUGGAAAACCUCAAUCCUAAAAUAAACGAUUCAGAUUUUUUUUUUUUUUUUUUUUUUAAACACUAACAUGAAGUCUGUCCACAAAUAAAUUUGUGUGCAAACAAUUGACUAAAAUUUACGACUUUGGGCGGCGACGUCAGUUUCUGCUCUCAUGCUACCUUUUUAUUUAUUUUCCUAUUUAUUUUCUAACCUAGCGUCGGAACACUAUUGUUACAUUUCAAUCCUGAGGUUGGCAUAAAGAGCUUGUUUCUUUUUAAUUGUAGUUAUAAAUGUGGAUGACUAUGAAAGGCCAGUGAAGAAAAAGAAGAAGAAAAAAAAACGGUUGGCAGGGAUUCUCACUUUUAAAGGUGAGAAUUUUGAUUUUAUUCUUAGAAUUCUGCUUAGAAUUCUCAUUUUAACAGUCGGAAUUCAAAUCUGACAUUAUUCUCAGGUUUCUCUAAAGUGGUAAAUCUGACAUCAAAAUGAGAAAUUAUUCUCAGAAUCCUGGGUUUAUUUUCAGAAAUCUCGCUUCUUUUUUGCAUUUCUUUAAAGUGAGCAAUCUGGGUUUGUUUUCAGGCUUCUGGGUUUAUUCUCAAAAUCCUGGGUUUAUUCUCAGAAUCCUGAUUUUAAAGUGAGAAAUUUGACUUUAAAGUCUGAUUUCUGGGUUUGUCAGAAUUCUAGGUUUAUCUUCAGGACUCUGGGUUUAUUCUCAGGAUGCUCACUUUGAAGUCAGAAUUCUCACUUUUUUUCCCCAAAUUUCUUUCAAGUGAAAAUUCUGACUUUUCUAUUAGAAAGUCAAAAAUUCUGAAUUUAAAGUGGGAAAUCUGGGUUUAUUUUUGGACUUCCAGAUUUAUUCUCAUAAUCCUGGUUCUUUUCUCAGAAUCCUGACUUUAAAAUGAGAAUUCUUGUGAAAAAAUGCUAAAAGAUUUUAAAGUCAUAUUUCUGACCUUUGUCAGAAUUCUAGGUUUAUAUUCAGAACUCUGGGUUUAUUCUCAGAAAUCUGGGCUUAUUCUCAGAAAUCUGGGUUUAAAGUCAGAAUCCUGAUUUUAUUAUCAGGAAGUCAGAAUUCACACGUUAUCCAUUUCUUUUAAGUGAGAAUUCUGACUUUUUUUUGUCAGAAUUUGGUCUUCAUUCUCAGGAUCCUGACUUUGUCCUAAGAAGUCUCACUUCGGAGUCAGAAUUCUGACUUCCUGAUAAUAAAAAUAAAUGUUGAUUAUUUAAAUUGUUUCUAAUUCUCUUCUGAAAAUAAACAAGUGUAUUUUGUUUGUAUUUAAAUUUUUUUCGUAAAUUAUUCAAACUUUUAUGUAAGAAUUCAGACUUUAUUCUUAGUAAAUCAAAAUUAUGAGCUAGAAUUCUCACUUAACAGAAAUCUGUGAAAGUGAGAAUUCUGAGAAAGUCGGAAUUUUCACGUUAAAGUUACAAUUAAAGUCAGACUUCUGACUUUAUAAUGAGAAAGUCGGAAUUUGACUUUAUUCUUAGAUUCCUUUAAGUGAGGAUUAUGAGAUUAUGAGAAUUCUGCGAUCUUUAAGUGAGUAUUAUGAGAUUCUCAGAAUCCUAAAUUUAUUCUCAGAAUUCUCACACCGAAGUCAGAAUUCUGACAUUUGUUAGAAAAAUAAAUACAUUUGGAUUAUUUCAAUUGCUUUCAAUUUUGUUCUGAAAUUUUUUUAAAAAAUCAUUUUAUUUGUAGAUUUUUUUUUUUUUUUUUUCGUAAUAUAUAGGCGUCUUGUAGUAUUCUGACUUGAUGAUUCUGACUUUUUUCACAGAAAGUUAAAAGAAAAAAGGGUAAAAAGCACAAUUAUUCUUGUCAUAAGUCAGAUUUUUAAAGUCAGAUUCUGAAUUUAAAGUGAGAAUUCUGACCAACUGUUUUUCUUCACCGGCCUUAAUCCUCUUCUAUAGAUAACUCAGGCUUGCGGAUGCUGGCAUAAAUGCAUAAAUUUUCUCCAAAUUGAUAACAGGCAGAAAUCACGGCCAAUGAAAAAAAUCACAGCGGUGACUUGGGCGGCAGGUACGGAACCUUUUUGUCCCGCUUAGCAUUAAUGAAGGAAACUUUUUUUUUUUUUUAAUUAAAUAUAUUGAAGCUCAAUUUUUUCGGCCCGCUCAUUUUUGUUUGUGAUGUUGUUCAUGUGCGUUUUUGUGUGUGCAUGUGUCCUACUGUAUUGUGAUGCUCAGUGCUGGCGCUGCCAUCCAGUGGUUGACAAGAGACAAUUCAUCCUGCAUCAAUUUCAAGGCUCGGUCACCUGACAUUCUGUUUGUCAAUAGUUGUAUCACUUUAUAGAUUUGUAGGAGAGAGGUCCAUCGACGUCCGCGUCCGGUCUAAGAAACACGUAGUUGAGAUGUAAUUUAUGAAAAGGAUGUUUUUAAUGUACAUUUGGAAUAUUUUGUACAGAGUCACUUUUUGGAGUAUUUGAGUUGUUUUCAAUUCUGUUCUGAAAAUAAACAGUUGUAUUUUGUUUGGA